CAUGCCAGUUAUUUAACUUGCAAACUUUGCUAUUGAAAGAUUGUUUUGAUCUUAUGGAGUUACCUUCCAAUAUGAGAUAUUUGACCAAUUUAUGUCAUCUUGAUAUAAGUGGUCGAAAUUCAUUGAAAGAGAUGCCAUAUGGAAUGAAAAAGUUAAAAAAUCUUCAAGUGUUGUCUAAUUUUAUUGUGGGAGAGGAUACACGUUCUUAUUUGGAAGAUUUGAGGAGUUUAAGUUUUCUUCAAGGAGAGCUUCACAUUUCAGAAUUACAAAAUGUGACAAAUCAAAAUCACGUACAAGAGCAAAUACUAAGCAAUAAGAGCAAAUUAAAAGUGUUGAUACUAGAAUGGAGAGAUCAAGUAAACUCACAGGCAACAGAUGUAGAAAUGAAUCUACUUGACAAGCUAAAGCCUCCUAUCAAUUUAAGAAAACUCACAAUCAGAGGCUAUGGUGGUGCAAGUUUUCCAUCUUGGUUAGGAGAUUUGUCUUGGCUCUCUAAUUUGCGUGUGUUUACUAUUGAAAAAUGUCCCCAACUUAUUGGAGAAGUUCCUAAUUAUUUUUCUUCAUUAGAAAGAUUUGUUAUUAAGGAUUGUCCAAGGUUGGUGGUCUCAUUAUCAAAUUAUCCUAUAGGUUGCAGAUUAGAAAUUAAUAAUUGCAAAGGAAUGGUAUGUAAUGAUGGUUCAAUUGAUUUUGAGAAUUUGGAUUCUCAAUAUCUUGCAAAUAUUUCGACAGUUGAAGAUAAAUUAAAGAAAGGUUCUCAAAGAGUAUAUCAUUUGAGGAUUGCUCAAAAUGAAGAGAUUAUGAAAUCAUGGCAAAGUUUGGAAAACACCAAUUUUCUUUCCAAUAUAAAUUAUCUUGAGAUUAGUGAGUGCCAGAAUCUAAGAUCUAUUGGAAGGGGCAUGCUACCAUCAUCUCUGAAAUUAUUUCAUAUUAAUUCCUGUCAGAGUCUAACAUUCGUUGAUAGCGAUGUCUUACCUUUAUCUCUAAAAAGGUUUACGAUUGACAAUUGUGGAGAACUGAAAUUUUUGAAGGAUUUAAGUGUUUGUUCUCUUCUUGAGUCUAUAAAUAUUUUUUGGUGUAAAUCUCUCAAGUGCAUAUCAUUAGAUGGUCCGUUGCCUGAGACACUCAACGAACUAUUUGUUGGACGUUGCGAAGCACUGGAAACAUUAUCAUCUCGUAGAAAUGAGUACCUCCCUAAGGCACUUACAUCUAUCUAUAUUUUUUAUUGUGAAGAGCUAAAGUCAAUUGCUGAGUCCUUUGAUAAUAGCACGUGUCUUGAAAAUAUUACUUUAGAGAAUUGUAAAAAUCUUGAAUCCUUACCUUCAGGUCUACACCAUCUUCCUUGCCUUGAGUAUAUUCAAAUAACAAAUUGUCCAAAAUUGUCGGUGAGAGAAGGUGUUCCCACCAGCCUUAGACAACUCUUAAUUAAUGAAUGUGAAGAUGACAAGGGAAUGGGAAUGAGAAUGCUUACCUCUCCAGAAGUUUUGCUAAUUGAAGAACUCCCACAGCUUAAAUCCAUCUCAGACCUGACCAACCUCACCGCUCUUGAAGGGUUGGGUAUCAUUUCACUUCCACUGCUUGAAUCCAUCUCAGACCUCACCAACCUCCCCUCUCUAAAAAAAUUGCGAAUCAUAGAACUCCCACAGCUUGAAUCAAUUCCAAGUCUCAGCGGCCUCACCUCUCUUCAAGAGUUGUACAUUGAGAAAUGCCAAAAGCUCAAAUCAAUUCCAAGUCUCAGCGGCCUCACCUCUCUUAAACUGUUGAAGAUCCGUGAUCUCCCACAGCUUGAAUCAAUUCCAAGUCUCAGCGGCCUCACCUCUCUUGAACGGUUGAAGAUCCGUCAUCUCCUACAGCUUGAAUCAAUUCCAAGUCUCAGCGGCCUCACCUCUCUUGAACUGUUGAAGAUCCGUCACCUCCCACAGGUUGAAUCAAUUCCAAGUCUCAGCGGCCUCACCUCUCUUGAAAGUUUGGAAAUCCUUGAUCUCCCACAGCUUGAAUCAAUUCCAAGUCUCAGCGGCCUUACCUCUCUUAAAAUUUUGAAAAUCACUGAUCUCCCACAGCUUGAAUCAAUUCCAAAUCUCAGCGGCCUCAUCUCUCUUAAAAGUUUGGAAAUCAUUGAUCUCCCACAGCUUGAAUCAAUCCAAGAUCUGAGCAACCUGACCUCUCUUACAGAUUUCAUAAUUUCCAAUUGCCCAAGGAUCAAAUUAAUUCCAAGUCUGAGCAGCCACACCUCUCAUGAACAAUUCUUUAUUGAGAAUUGCGCAAACCUCAAAUCCAUUCCAGAUCUUGGCAACUUCAAAGAUUUAUCAGUUGAGAAAUGCCCAAAACUCAAAUCCCUGCAAACCCUGCCAUUCUCACUUCAGUCUUUAGAUAUUAAAGAUUGUCCACUGCUUAUAAAACGAUGGAAAAGUGUUACGGGAAAAUAUUCCUCAAAGAUUGCUCAAAUUCCUAAAGUUGUAAUAGAUGGCAAAUUCAUCUACAAUUCAAAGGAGUACGAAGUUGAUGAUGGGAGCUUCUUUCUCUAAUUUUCCUAAUGGCACAGAUACAUCUAAUUCCAUCAAAGGUGAUGGUCAAUAAGAAUCUCUCAAUUAUAGUUUGUCCAGGACUGCUAUGCUCAGAUUCAAUGUUGUAGAAAUCAUUGGAAAGGCUUAAAAUUUUCAUUCUCUAACUUCAUAUAUUUAACUACAACAAAAUUCUGAGCUAUCAACAAUAUUCUCAGAUUGAAGUUUACUAAGCAAGAAGCAAGUUAAAAAUAUUUCUCUAGUUUCAGAAGUAGAGGACGGCAUUUUGAUCUUAUAAAUUGAAAGUGGUCCCUCUGUUUCAAAACUUCUCUACUUUGUCAUCUCAUAGAUUGUCUCAACUUUUUGUGGUUCCAAGGUAAUCAAAAGUGCCACUGUCUUCAACUUAGACAAGCAACUGUUAGAACCUAAUCCUGGCAUGUAAGUUUUCCGGAUCUAAACUUACUGCGUGUCUGCUUGCUGAAAUUCCACUACUGAGAUUGUAUCUUCUAGCUGUUGCAACGGUUAAUCAAGCAGCAUUUUUCCUGCUUGUGUGUGUGGUAUUUUUAUUGUUAUCUCAUUGUUUUUGUUUAUGGCAAAGACAUACUGUGAAAUGCAUCAUUAUUAAUCUAUGGUUUACACUUUAUAGCUUAUUUAAGGAAUCAUUAUUUACUUUCUCUUUGCAAACAACACUAUGCAGGAUCCAACUUUGAUAACAAAUUCUUGUACAUUUUUAGAUCUUUGAAAUGAUGACAAGUUUAUGUCUUUUCUGUAGAAACUGCAAGAGUAAAAAUCUCUAGAAUCACAUCUCACAUACUUUGGAGAUCAAGAGGUGUUAUACUUAUAUAAUUUACAAGAUUUGAUACGUUCUAGUCCUCACUAAAUUAACUAAACAGUUUCAUAUUCUUUAAGUAAGUUAUUAAAAGGAUUGCUCUCAAAGUCACGCUAUUUUCUGUUGGUUAGCCUGUUUGCAACACAAAUAUUGAUAUUUGUCUCUUGUUACUUGACAACUUGUUGAAAUAAAGAAAAGGCAAGGCAAGGCAAGAAAUCUCCUAAAGCAAAUUGAUGAGAUUAAAACACAUUAGAUCGCUUCAAAUAUUUGUGAGAUGGUUGCAGGGUUUGAAAGUUAAGCACACAAACAACAACACGGCUGCAAAAAAGGGAGAAAAUAUGAAGAGUUUUGAAGAAUAAACCAUUAGAUCAUAGCUUCACAAUCUUGGGCCUCAUCGUGUCCCUAUAACAUUGUAAACUUAAUGUGAUGAUAAGAGGAAUGUGAUGCUGGUAGAGCAACAAUGUGGGUAAAGGAAAUCUACUGAAUUAACAUGACAUCAGUUCCAAUCGUGAUGGUCAUCUAGGCACACAAUUGGAAACAUUAAGUUCACUAACAUCAAACAGCUAGUGACUUGGAGAAAAUCUAGAAACUUUUAAGGCCACAAACCACUAGAUCAUUGCUUCACAGACUUGGGGCUUCAUCAUGUCAAAAAAUGCAGUUGCAGGGUGCUACAGACCUGGAGUUUUGCCUUGAAGCUGCUGUUCACUGCUGCUGGAUUAGUGGUGUCAGGAUGUUUGCUGGAGAUUUUAAUGUGUUUGGGGAUGAAAUACAUGCUGAAGAUGUAGUCCUGGGUUGGCUCUUCCUUGCUGCUGCACUCCUCUUACUGGACUAAUACUGGAACACGAAAUCUGGAAUUUAUGUUCCAUUGUGUGCUGAAUGUGAGACAAAUUUUUUUGUUCUUGAUUGCAUAGUGAAUUGAAGACAAAAUUUUUUGUCCUU